CUCACGAGUUCCCCGCGACUCAGGAAGUUGUCAUUAUCAUAGGGACUGUGCAAGCUCAUACAAACCUUUUACUAAAAGAUUUGUGUGAAUUGCGCAGCUAAGUACUUGUGCAGACGUGCCAAGCGCAGUAAUGUCACUGUAUCAGCUCGAUUAAACAGUGCCUGACCGGCAUGAGGUUUGCGUGUCAUCACGGCACGCGAGCCUGACGAAGCUUGACGCGUCUUACAAAUGGUUGUUCCACGGCACUGUGCUGACGACCCAUCACAGGCUUUCGGGAAAUAUUAUGCUUGCUAAGAGACGCGUAGGCAUCCAGGGACGACGCGCGUAUCCCAGUACGCGUAUUCCUGGGUGUUCCUGAGCUACUUCUACUCAUAUUCCAAGUAAUCAUGUCUCUACCUGAGGGUUAUGGAUAUAUUCCCAGCUCCUUGAUGACCAUAGGGUGGGUCCUUAUCUGGCAGGGUAUCCUGGUUGGAAGAUAUCGCAAGAGGGCAGGGAUUAAUUACCCCCAACUGUAUGCCGAGAAAGCCGAGGUUCAAGAUUCCCAAGCAGCACUCCGUUUCAACUGCAUGCAGCGUGCACACCACAAUACGCUUGAAUCGGCGCCUGUGGUAUUCAUCUCAACUGUCGUCGCUGGUCUGAAAUACCCUGCCCUAGCUGCUGCUAUGUGUGGUGCAUAUUCCUUCGCGCGCGUUAUUUAUACCAUUGGAUACAAGUCGGGCCAACCAAAGAGGCGGCUGUACGGAGGCGCCAUCAGCACUUUGACAGUGCUCGGACUUGUGUCGAGCGCUACAUACGCUGCUUAUCAGCUCCUUCCUCAGUGAUAGUAUUGAUGUCAUUGAAUCAGUUUAUCUCACAGAGACUCAAUUCAUGCAGUUUGCCUCACGAAAGAUGGUCAGAUCCCAACACGUUUUUCAGUCAUUUAUCCUAGCGAACCAACCCAUCCUUGAUCGAAGCGUACCGCUUGCUUUUGGCAUAAUAAAUCACAAUUGCAUUUCCCGGUGCUCUCUGCACUAACACACAGUU